CCUUAUAUCAUGGAAACAAAAAACAUCAAACAGCCAAGGGUAGGACGGGAGAGGGGAACAGCUAAGCUAAGCUAGUCAAACACUCACAAGUCUCCGCUGAGCAGUCUCCCUUUCUUUUUAUCCUUCACAGUUACUUGCUCCUUUAGGUGGUAGCGACCUGAAAGAAAGAAAGAAAGAAAGAAAGAAAGAAAGACAGAGAGAGAGAGAGAGAGAGCCUGCAAUGGCCAGCAAAACAACACCACCAAAACCAGAUCUUCCGUGGAAAACACGUCUCGUCGUCUCACUCAUUUCAAAUAUUUCGGAUGUCACCCGCCGUUCGGACGGCACCAUAAACCGCCGCCUCUUCAACUUCUUCGACCUCAAGUCACCUCCUUCCCCCACCAAACCAAUCUGUUCCGUGAUCUCCUCCGAUACCACUGUUGACAGCACCCGCAACUUAUGGUUUCGCCUCUACGUCCCAACCGGAAGUACAGCAGAGACAGCACCAGGUUGUUAUGCGAAAGGGCUCAACGGCGAUUCCUUGCCUAACUAUAACACCAGCAAUAAUACUCUUCCCGUGAUGAUUUUCUUCCACGGAGGAGGAUUUUCGUUUCUUAGCGCCGCAAGCAGAUCAUACGACAUGGUUUGCCGCAGAUUCGCGCGGAGAAUCCCUGCCAUCGUUGUCUCCGUCGACUACCGUCUGACCCCUGAACACUGCUUCCCUUGUCAAUAUGAUGACGGUUUUGACGUCCUCAAAUUCCUCGAUGAGAAAAACGCCACUGCGUUGCCAGCCAAUGCGGAUUUAUCCAAAUGUUUCCUUGCCGGAGACAGUGCUGGAGCAAACGUGGCACAUCACGUGGCGGUUAAAGCAUGCCGGACACGUUUUCAGGUCGCUAAGGUUGUUGGAUUAAUAUCUAUACAGCCGUUUUUUGGAGGAGAGGAGAGAACUGAAUCGGAGAUCCGACUUACUGGUUCGCUAUUGGUUUCGGUUCCACGAACAGAUUGGUGUUGGAAGGUGUUCCUGCCGAAAGGGGAGAAUCGGGACCAUUAUGCAGUGAACGUGAGCGGACCUAAUGCAGAGGAUAUUUCAGGUCUGGAUUAUCCAAGAACGUUGGUGUUUGUAGGAGGGUGGGACCCUUUACAGGAUUGGCAAAGGAGGUAUUAUGAAUGGCUAAAAAGAUCUGGAAAAGAGGCCACUCUGGUGGAAUAUCCAAAUAUGAUUCAUGCUUUUUACAUCUUCCCCGAAUUGCCAGAGUCGUCUCAGUUGUUCUCCCAGGUCAGGGAUUUUGUUGUUAGUCAUUUAUGUGGUUGCUCUUGAAAAUUUGAAAUGGCAAAAUAGAUUGCAUAUCCAUCGCUAGGUUUGUACGAUUAUCAAUAAUUAUGCAAUUAAAAUUAAUAUUAAGAUCUUUUGAUCGAUGGAUUUUAACUGUACUGGUCCAAACCUCUUAGAUUUUAAGUAUGGGAGAUAAUUAUAUUAUUAUUAUUA